CCAUGAAGGACGUACCGGGCUUCUUGCAGCAGAGCCAGAGCUCCGGGCCCGGCCAGCCCGCCGUGUGGCACCGCCUGGAAGAGCUCUACAACAAGAAACUCUGGCACCAGCUAACUCUGCAGGUUCUGGACUUCGUGCAAGACCCCUGCUUUGCCCAAGGAGAUGGACUUAUCAAGCUUUAUGAAAAUUUCAUCAGUGAGUUUGAACACAGGGUGAACCCUUUGUCCCUUGUUGAGAUCAUUCUUCAUGUAGUCCGGCAGAUGACAGAUCCUACUGUGGCCCUAACUUUUCUGGAAAAGACCAGAGAAAAGGUGAAAAGCAGUGAUGAAGCUGUCAUUCUGUGUAAAACUGCCAUUGGUGCUUUGAAAUUAAAUAUUGGUGAUCUACAAGUCACAAAGGAGACCAUUGAGGAGGUUGAGGAGAUGCUGAAUAACCUUCCUGGUGUGACAUCUGUUCACAGCCGCUUCUAUGAUCUCUCCAGCAAGUAUUACCAGACAAUUGGGAAUCAUGCCUCUUACUAUAAGGAUGCAUUACGGUUCCUGGGAUGUAUAGAUGUUAAAGAUUUGCCAGUGGCCGACCAGCAGGAAAGAGCCUUUACUUUAGGAUUAGCAGGACUCCUGGGUGAAGGAGUCUAUAACUUUGGAGAACUGCUUAUGCAUCCUGUACUGGAGUCUCUGAGGAGCACUGAUAGGCAGUGGCUGAUUGACACGCUCUAUGCCUUCAACAGUGGCAAUGUGGAAAAAUUCCAGGCUUUGAAAUCAGCGUGGGGCCAGCAGCCAGACCUGGCUGCAAAUGAAACUCUCCUCCUACAGAAAAUUCAGCUGCUGUGCCUCAUGGAGAUGACCUUCACUCGACCAGCUAACCACAGGCAACUCACUUUUGAGGAGAUUGCUAAGAGUGCCAAAGUCACUGUGAAUGAGGUGGAGCUGUUGGUGAUGAAGGCACUUUCAGUGGGUUUAGUAAAGGGCAGCAUUGAUGAAGUGGAUAAAAGAGUGCACAUGACGUGGGUCCAACCACGGGUGCUGGAUUUACAACAGAUAAAGGGCAUGAAAGACCGCCUGGAGUUCUGGUGCACAGAUGUGAAGAGCAUGGAGAUGUUGGUAGAACACCAAGCCCACGAUGUCCUAACAUAAAGGACCUUGCACUGGCUGGAUGAAAAUCUUGUACUGUUGCUGAAACUGGCAGUGCUCCGACCACUGACUCUGUACUGAAUUCUAUUAAAAGGGGGGCUAGGGGAGGAGGGGAAGAACUACUUUUCUGAUGCUUGUACAGAGGACUAAGUGGCCUUUGCUGUAUAACCCUUUGGUGCUUGGAGUCGGGAAUUCCCUCCUAUGUGCUAGCGUUGAACUGGCGCUCACCAGGGGAGCUCCCAUCCUGCUGUCACCAAAGGGGGGGGAAUAAGUGCUCCAUAAUGGUGGAUUUAAUUGGUCUUGGUUUGGGGCUGUCGUGAUGGAGGGUGUUGGGGGUGGGAGCUCCGUGCUAACGGUGGAGGUCACUAGCUCAGCAAUGGGGUGGUAGCAAAACUUCCAUUUUGCACUUGGGGUGCAAGAGGGAAGGGCCACCCCAGCCAUUGUCAGGCAUUCCCGAUGGGCUUGUGGAGAGAGCAUGACCCUCUCCCUGGGACCUUUCCCCCUGUCAGCCCAAAGGCAGCAUAACUGAGAACAAAACACUUCUUUCCCCUAGCCUCCCACCUAUUUUGCAGUACAGGAAGCUGCUGAACCCCUUCAAUUAAUUUCCCAAGAAUAAAAUCAUACAUUUAGUGGAUUUGUUUUUAUAUCCUCCUUGGGUUUGCUCUGGUCUUUUAUGAAAAUUUUAUCCUGAAGUGUGAUGCAGUAAAACAAAACAACUACUGCUG